GGCCCCCAUUCUCAUCCUAGAGCGGCUACGGACGUCCUCCGGGUGGAGCCUCGGGCAGCUUCCGGCCGGGGUGUGCGGCGGCGGUGCGGGCUUUGUGGCCGCGCGGGGUUGCGGGGCUGGGGGCCGGCAGUUUUCUCGCCGCCGGGCUCCGGGUGAGUGGGGCGGCUCGGCUCCCACGGGUGGGCAGGCUCUUGGCCGGCGGGGCUCAGCGAGUUCGUCGGUGCUCCCGGCCCUGCUGCCCUUCGCUUUUGCGGGUGUCCGCAUCUUCUCGCUCGGUUCGAACCGGAGCCCAGCGUCUUCUCACCGAGCUGGGCGUGGUAGAUGUUUGGACCGGUCCGCGGACUGCAAGGGUUGCACUCAGCCUCGGUGCCUGCAGGUCCGGCCUCCAUGUGGCUGCUUGAAGGCUGGCUGCUCAGGUGUUGGAGUGCAGGUGCGUGCAUCGCUGCAGUUUUGCUUCCCUCAGGCCUUUCGGCCUCUGCCGGAGGAGAUGCAGUGCAGGCACUCCAGUGCGUCAAGGGUUGCAGAUAAUGUGGAUUUUGGACAGGAUCAGCACCGUGUGACCUGAAGGAGGAUUCCCAGAUAAGCUGCCUCUGCUAAACUUAUGGAUGGUUGUGAGGAGAAGAGGAGACAAACAUGCUUUGCACACGCAGCAUUCAGCUACCUCCACAACUUCAGUGGCACAUGCAUGGAUUUCUAAGGAGGUUCCACUCUAGGAGCUAAUGGCGAGAAGGUGAUCCUGAAGCCUGAGUUUCUGGGGAGGAAAAUUCACAUAAGAUGAUGUCUGACAAACUCACAGUGCUAGAGCCCUCUGCCUCCGGGUCCGGGGAAUUCCAUGAAGACAGAUUAGCACAACUGUUGGGGAACCCAGAAAGACAGAGCCUGGAGAGUCCCCCCUCUCAGGACGGGGCCUUCAAACAGAUGACAGUGACCCACUGGAAAAUUCAAACAGGAGAAACAGCCCAGAUGUGUAGUAAGUCAGGAAGAAAUCCUAUUCUUAACUCAAACCUUCUUAUACUUCAGAGAGAGCUUAUAGAAGGGGAGGCUCAUUCUUGUGGUGUUGGUGGCAAAAGCUUCCCGUUUAAUUCAGCUGUAGUUCCGCAUCAGCUUUCUCACCCAGGGGAGAAGCGGGUCCACUCCGGGGACAGACUCUAUGUGUGCAACGUGUGCGGGAAAGACUUCAUUCACUGUGCAAACCUAGUUGAGCAUCAGCAUGUGCAUACAGGAGAAAAGCCGUUCAAGUGUGCACAGUGUGGAAAGGCAUUCUGUCACAGUGCAGACCUCCUCCGGCACCAGAGGGUUCAUACCAGAGAGAGGCCCUUUGAAUGCAAAGAGUGUGGGAAAGGCUUCAGUCAGAGCUCCCUACUCAUUCGCCAUCAAAGAAUUCACACAGGAGAAAGACCCUAUGAGUGUAACGAGUGUGGGAAAUCCUUCAUUCGGAGCUCAAGCCUUAUCCGGCAUUACCAGAUCCACACAGAGGUAAAACAGUAUGAAUGUAGAGACUGUGGGAAAGCCUUUCGACACCGCUCAGACCUCAUUGAGCACCAGAGAAUUCACACUGGAGAGAGACCCUUCGAGUGUCACGAGUGUGGGAAAGCCUUUAUUCGAAGCUCAAAGCUCAUUCAGCAUCAGAGAAUUCACACUGGAGAGCGGCCUUAUGUAUGCAAUGAGUGCGGGAAGCGUUUUAGUCAGCCAUCCAACUUCACUCAGCAUAAGAGAAUCCACACUGGGGAAAAACUUUAUGAGUGUAAUGAAUGUGGGAAGGCCUUCUUUCUGAGUUCAUACCUUAUACGACACCAGAAAAUCCACACUGGCGAACGGGUGUAUGAGUGUAAAGAAUGUGGUAAGGCUUUCCUCCAGAAGGCCCACCUCACCGAGCAUCAGAAGAUCCACACUGGAGACAGGCCCUUUGAGUGCAAAGACUGUGGGAAAGCCUUCAUCCAGAGCUCUAAGCUGUUGCUGCAUCAGAUUGUUCAUACUGGAGAGAAGCCUUAUGUGUGCAGUUACUGUGGUAAAGGCUUUAUACAGAGAUCCAACUUCCUUCAGCACCAGAAGAUGCACGCUGAAGAAAAUCUCCACAAGUACAAUCAGCAUGGAAAAGAUCUUACCCCACCCCCAGACCUUGUCCACCAGGAUGCCCUUCCCUUGAGUGAUACCUCCAUUCAUUUAGGAGAGAGGUCAGCAGAUCCGCAGUGUUGUGCAGAUAACUUAUAAGACACUCUCUGCAUAAGUGGUGCUUGGAAAUGGCCACACUUAGUAUAUAUAUGGCCUCUCAGAUGUGGAUUGUCACAGUUUUCCAAGUCACAGAUGGGCUGCUUUUGGUUAGGCCCGCUGUCUGUUACCAGGGCAGGAAAGUUAAGGGACUGGACAACUGUUCUUGAGCUGUACACGGAGGUAGAGCCUCUAGAGAACUUUCUAGAUUUUAUUUGAAGUUAAAACACACCCUCAAGUUAAAUCCUUUCGGAGCAGAGCUGCAUCGUUACUUGAGAAAUGGUUACCUAUCUGAAAGGUUAGAGAAAGGGGCUUUUCUCAUGGAAAGCUGAAAGUUGGUUCCCUGUUGUCUGGGACUAAUUAAUCUCCAAGCCAUAGGGUUUAGUGUCUAGCCAUGUUUCCUCAGUUGUCUGGCUCCUGGCAAUACAGUUGGUGUGUAUUGCCGCCCACAUCCUUCAGGCUGCUCCCCCUCCUGAUGCUUCCCCUUUCCCCAAGUUGCUCCUGAUUAUUAUGUGAGAUCUCUCUCAGGCAUCAUGCCCAGAAAUGCUUUCCUAGUACUGAACUGGGUUUGUGUCUUGUGCUCCUGUUGCACAGUGCUACUGUGCUGGCUUUUAAAUACCACAGUUAAGAAUUUUCUCUUUCUCAUUAUGAUCUUCUUCCGGAGGACAAUAAUCGUGUAUCAUUGAUUCCUAUGUCCAUAGUGUCUAGCACAUGACAAUAAAUGAAACAAAAAACCCAAA